AUGGCCGACCAGGGCGACUCGACACUGAUCCCGCCCCGGAAGCAGGAGCGCAAGCGCUUCAAGCCCACCUCGCGCCCCCGCCCCCCGGUCCCCGGCCAGGAGAAGGCCGAGGCCGUGCUCGAGCUGGGCGAGUUCCAGGAGGUCGACACGCUGACCCUCUCCGAGGCCUCGCUCGUCAUCAACGCCCUCGUCACCAAGCGCCGGAUGGAUCGCAAGAACGUCAACGAAACCGAGAUGCUCACGCAAACCCUCAACUACCUAGAUGCCUUCUCGCGCUUCCGCCAGAAAGAAAACGUCGAGGCCGUCGAGCGACUGCUCAGCGCCCACAAGCAGCUCGCCAAGUUUGAGCGCGCGCAAAUAGGCUCUCUCUGCUGCGAGACGGCCGAAGAGGCCAAGACGCUCAUCCCGUCCCUCCAAGACAAGAUCACCGACGAAGACCUCCAGGAGCUUCUCGACGAGAUCAGUAAGCUGCAGAGCAGGUGA